AUGAUUAUAGUGUUAAACAUUUUGGGUCUGAUAAUCUUUUUAAAUAUUUAAGGAGUAUUUCAAUUUUUUUAAAAAGAUGCUGAAGAAAAACUUAUUAUGAAUUUUAUUUAUGGAUAAACAAAUUCUUAUAUCCAAAUUUAUUAAAACAACUUAUAGUACAAAAUUACUCAAGGAAUGAAUUCAAUUUAAAAUAUAAAUACAUUGUAUCAGUUGAUUUAAAGAACCAACAUUAAUUUUUAGAGGAAUUAAGAAAAAUGCCUCUAAGAAGAUUAUAUCCAAAAUAGUAUUAUUAAUUAUUGUCAAUAUUGCUAUGGAAAUUUUGAUUGUUCUAAAGAAAUUCUUAAAAAAAAUUAAUAUCUUGAAGAAUUUCAAAAACUUUCAAAUUUACUUUCAACAACUUUAGCUUAUUAAAUAGAACUAAAUAUCUAUUUUACAUCUAUAUCUAGUGAUUGUUAUUUUUCUACAUGUCCUGGAUCUAAUUUUACUGGCUAUGUACCCUCAUCAAGAAAAUGGUUUUAAAAUCAUUUAGAAUUAAUGAAUUCUUAUAACUUCAUUAUUUCUGAACCAUAUGCAAAUUUUUUAGGAGGUGUUUAUACCAGAAAUGCAUAUUAAAUUAGCUAUACAUCUCAGGAACAACUAGUAUAUAUGAUUAAAAUGAAAAUAUAAUAGGAAUAGGGGCUAUAGAUCUUAAUUUCUCUUCUUUUUAUUAAUUUAAUUAUGAUGAUUUAGAUUUACUUGUCAUUGAUAAAACUGGAAGAAUAUUAAUAAGCCAUUAUUAUACACCAUAAACAACUGAAGUUUAUUUUCUUUAAAAUGAAUCUAUUUUUGGAUUUAAUUAAACAGAUGUGGAUCAAAUAAUCAAAUAGAAUUAAUCACAAGAAAAUUGCCAACUUGAUAUUCCCAAUACAAUUUGUCUCAUUAAUAAAAAAUAAAAUGAAUUAUGGUACAUCAGAUAAAAGAGAGUUACAAAUGAAUACUAUAUUUUAUUGAAGUUCAAUUCUUAAGCUUAUAUUAAUUAUAUUACUCUUCUAAAAAAUAUGAUUAAUGAAAUGUAUUAAUAAUUGCUUAAAUAACUUAUAUUAGGAUUAUUAUUAACNUUAAAACUUGGAGAAUUCGAAGUUAAAUCAUUGUAAUCUAACUGA